AUGACAGCAUCACCAUACCGUCACGUCUAUGCUGAACUUGCCAAAGUUGAGAAAUCCUAUCAGGAAGUUAACAUCUCAACUACAUCUGUCGAUACAAACCUCCUUGCAGCUAACUAUCGCUAUGUUGCUUAUCCAGUUGAAACUUCUGGUGGUGGCCUCUUUGCAGUCCUUCCAGCUAAUGGUUACGGAAAGGUUGGAACGACAAAUUCUGUCUUCCGUGGCCACACAGGUGGUGUCCUUGAUGUUGAUUUCAACCCAUUCAACGACAACAUCAUUGCUUCUGCUGCAGAAGAUGCUACACUUCGUGUCUGGCAGAUCAAGUUCAACGGCACCGAUGUCGAAGAGCAGAAUGAAUCCCUUGCCGUCAUGAAGGGUCACUCACGCCGUGUUCAGCGCCUCACAUGGAACCCAGCAGUCAACAACUGUAUUGCUACAUUUGGUGCUGAGAAGAGCGUCAAGGUUUGGGAUGUCUCCAAGGCAUCCUGUGUUUACACAUUCAAGGCUGGCAAAUAUGAUCUCCUUGACCUUAACUGGAACCAGAAUGGAAACCUUCUUGUUUAUCCAAUGAAGGACAAGAAGCUCCACGUCCUCGAUAUUCGUGCAAACGCUGAAACUUUCGCAGUUAACUCUCAUCCAGGUCUCCGUGGUGGCCGUGCUGUCUUCUACGAUAAGCUCAACAUGGUUGCUACAACAGGCUUCUCAUCCUCCUCUGGCAGACAAAUCGCUGUACGCGAUAUCCGUAACCCAGAAAACCCACUUGCUCAGAUCGAUAUCGACUCCAACAACGGUAUUCUCGCUCCAUUCAUCGAUGAAGACACUGGCAUCCUCGCCUGCUUCUCUCGUGGCGAUACACUUAUCCGCUUCUACGAAUUACAGUCCGCUGAGAACCCACUUGUUACAUGCAAUGCUUUUGCUUGCAAGGAAGCUGUCCGUGCUUUCGCUCGUGCUCCAAAGUACUGUGUCGAUACAAACGUUUGCGAAAUCGACAGAUUUUACAUCAUCAACCAGGCAAAGCAACUCCAGACAACGCAGGUUAUCGUUCCUCGUAAGAACGCUGAAAUCUUCCAGGAAGAUAUCUACCCAGAAACAAACGCACCAGUUCCAGGCAUCGAAUUCGACGCAUGGAAGGCUGGUGGAGAGCCAAAGUUCCAGAAAAUCUCUCUCGAGAACGGAUACACCCCAGCUGACGGCGCUGCUUUCUCUGUCGAAGCCCAGGCUAAGGAGACUGUUGAGUCUCUCAAGGAAGAGAACGAGAAGCUUCGUACAAGAAUUGCUCAGCUAGAGGAGGAACUCCGCCAACUCAAGCAUUAA